AUCAGCCUGCUUCCAGUCGCUGCUGUGACACACACACGGAGACACAGACCAACAAAGAUGGCCGGCCUCUUGGAAGAUCAGGUGUUCAUGGCGUACACUACCUACGCCGCCAUUGUUGUCGUGAAGAUGAUGCUGAUGUCACCACUGACUGCAUACUUCCGCAUGACCCGAAAGGCUUUUGCAAAUGAGGAAGACGUGGCAAUACGUGGCAAGUCUGAGGAGGAGAAGAAGAGGAUGUUGAAGCCCAAUGCUGAUGUCGAGCGUGUGCGAAGAUGUCACCUGAACGACAUGGAGAACAUCAUUCCCUUCGUGUUAAUCGGCUUCUCCUAUGCUCUGACCGGGCCGGAACUCUCCACCGCUCUGCUGCACUUCCGUAUCUUCGCCGGAUCUCGCAUCUUCCACACCAUCUCGUACGUCGGUGCCUUCCCUCAACCCUGCCGAGGUCUGUCCUUCAUUGUGGGGCUGCUGGCCACCUUCUCCAUGGCCUACAGAGUCCUGAGCACCAUCCUGGUUCUCUAAGACCAAUGGUGAUCUUGACGCUUCACGCAUUCCGGCCAGAGUUCUUUUUGCACUGUCACACCCGAUUGUUUAAUUUUUACUUUCGUUGACUAGAAACUGGCUUUUCAAUAAACCUUUCGACAGAAA